AUGCUCAAGUGCCAGAUAUGCACCGUCAACGUGCCGAAGAACUGGAUUGGGAGGUCGUACCGUGACCUGAUCGACCGGCUGCUGUGGGGCGAGGAUCUUCUUCCAAUUGCCCUGUUCCGCAGGCAGAACCGCGAGGUGCGGGGGCCCUCGUUCCUCUACGCGGCGCCUUGCGCCCUCGACACGGAGCUGGACCUAGAAGACAUCAUCAUUUGUUUCGGGCAGAAGCCCGUGGGCUCCUAG